AUGAAUUUAUUGAUUAAUUUGGGAGGAAAUGCUCUCGGUGGUCCCUUAAGUGAUGAACAAAAUGACUAUGAUCGAGUAAAAGAAAUCUUACGAGAAAAGUUUGAACCCAACAACCGAAGUAGUCUCUACAAAGCACAGUUCCGAAGCGGAAGACAGAGGAGGAAUGAAACAAUCCAAGACCUUGCAUCUAGCAUUAAAGAAUUAACCAGAAAAUCAUUCCCAGGAGCUACAUACUUAAGUGAGAACAAGAAGCUAUCACAUACGUCUUGCAGUGAAUUGAGAUUUUAUGUACAACAAUCUAUACCAGAGACUUUACAGAAAGCCGUAUUAAUGACACAGGAAAGUCAGUUAUUUCUACAAGAAAGAAGAAAAAGUAUGAGUUUCAGUCGUAGUAUUAGAAAUGACGACUACAAUCAAGCAUUUCAGCACCUUAGUAUUGACAAUAUAGAAGAUAGGCUAGCAAAAAUAGAAAAUAGCACUCAACAACCAAACAAGUCAGCUAAAAAUAAGAGUCACAUUACUUGCUUUCAUUGUGGUAAAAAUGGACAUAUGCGCAAAGACUGUGAUAGUCGAGACAAGAGAGCAGAUUUACCUUAUAAUAGAUAUCAUAACACACAGAAUUUCAACCAGUACAGACAUAAUCAGAACAGAUCAGCAUUUAGCCAGAGCUAUAACAACACAAUGCCAAAACCAACUAAGUAUCAGGAAAACUUCAACAGGCUGUAA